GGAACAUGGGAGCCCGGUGACGUUAGAUAGUUCAUGAUGGGCAUCCCAGGCGCGAUCUGAGAGCGGCGAGCGAGACACAGCCAUACAUAUACAUCUGAGAAUCUAAAAACAUGGGUGGAAAAAAUAAGAAAAGUCGCCAUGGCAACUCCACAUCUGUCCAGGCAGUCGUAGCUUCAGCUAACAAGUCCAGGGUGACUGCAGAUCAGAAAGCUUCAGGAGAGGACACUACCAAGAAACCGGGCUCUAAAUCUGCUAAUGUAGCUGGCGUUAACAAGGAACUGAAGAGCAAACAAGGGCCAAAAACAUAUAGUUUUGGUUCGUCUGCUGAUGCAAGUUCUUCAGCAAAUCACAAUAAGUCUGUUUUAAAGGUAGUGAUUGACGUUAAUCUGGAGAAAAGAAUAAUUUCUCUAAUCAAUGAGCAUAAAAAGCUCAAUUGUGAUAAAGGGACGGUUUCAGGAAGAUUGACUUCUAAGAAGUUACAGGAUCUGUAUGUGGCCUUACAGGAGCUCAGUUUUAAGUCCGAGCAUAUAGAGGAAGCAAUGACAAACACCGUUUUGUAUGGAGGAGAUCUGCAUUCUGCGCUUGAUUGGCUGUGUCUGAACCUACCAGAUGAUGCUUUGCCUGAGGGGUUCUGCCAGCAAUUUGUAGAAGAAGAGACGAGAAUACGACCAAAGUAUCAACCCACACCCCAGAAACCCAUUUCUCCGAGCGUCUCCAACAAUGGGAAGGCCAAAGAGGGAACAGAGUUAAAGGCCAGCAAUGAGAAGGAGAUGAGUAUGAAGGAAUGGAUUCUGCGAUAUGCCGAACGAGAAAGUGAUGAGGAAGAGGAGAUUGAUGCAUCUGAGAAGGACCCAGAGAAAGAGCACUUUGAUCCCAACGAGAGGUACCUGGAAUUAACCGCUAAGCUGCUUGAUGCCAGAGCACAUGCUGCCUGCACCAAACAAGAGAAAGACAAAUCGAGUCAGAGAGAAGCUCAGGAGAAAAUAAAGAAAUAUCUACAAGAGAUGAAAAGUUUAGAAGAACAUCCAAUGUUUAAUCCUCAGGUUAAAAUCCCAGAAGUAAAAGCAGAAAAUAAAAAAGGACCCUCACCUUCUGCUGAAGAGGGAAAUUUAAACUUCAAUCUGUUUGAAAACACAGCGAAUGCUCCUGCUCCUGCUCCAGCUCCGGCUCCUGCUCCAGAAGAAAAAGUGAAGAAGAAACCACCUCUCGACAUCCGAAACUUCGACUACACCUCUCGCAGCUGGACAGGAAAAUCUCCAAAGCAGUUUCUCAUUGAUUGGUGCCGGAAGCAUUUUCCCAAGAGCCCGAAUCCAUCCUUUGAAAAAAUACCAGUUGGCAAGUAUUGGAGAAGCAGAGUUAAGAUUAUUAAAUCUCAAGAAGACGUUAUGUCAGUGUGUCCUACAAUCGUGACAGAAGACAGCAUGCAGGCACAGCAUUUGGCUGCCACCCUUGCAUUGUAUCAGCUCACCAAGGGGCAGUCCGUACACCAGCUGCUGCCUCACACUUACAGAGAUGUUUGGUUAGAGUGGAGCGAUGAAGAAAAAAGUAAACAGGAGCAAAACAAAAUGGAGUCCAACAAACCUCGUGACCAGUUUAUUUCCAAGCUACUGAGCAAGCUAAAACUGCAACAGCAGCAGCAGGAGCAGCCUGUUACAGAAACAAAGGUGUUAACGGACCCAGAGGACUCCUGGGAAAAUCUGGCUUCAGAAGAUGACCUAAACCAAAUGGCAUUAGAUCGUAUGGAAAUUGACAAUUUAGAACCUGUGAGAAAUCUUUUUGUCAAAUCCCGAGAUUCUGCUAAGUAUCAGAGGCUCCUGAAUGAAAGGGAACAACUUCCUGUUUUUGCACACAGGAACUUUAUUUUAGAAACACUUAACAGACAUCGGGUAAUUGUGGUGGCUGGAGAAACAGGAAGCGGUAAAAGUACCCAAGUCCCCCAAUUCUUACUGGAAGAUCUGCUUCAGAAUAGGUGGAACUCAGGGAAAUGUAAUAUUGUGUGCACCCAGCCUCGCAGAAUCUCUGCCAUGAGUCUUGCUACGAGAGUGUGUGAAGAGCUUGGAUGUGAAUCUGGACCCGGAGGAAGGAACUCCCUCUGUGGGUAUCAGAUUCGUAUGGAAUCUAGGACAGGAGAGUUUACCAGACUGUUGUACUGUACCACCGGAAUACUGCUUCGGAAACUACAGGAUGAUAGCAUGUUGAAGAACAUAACACAUGUCAUUGUGGAUGAGGUACAUGAAAGGACUGUCCAGUCUGACUUUCUGCUCAUCAUUCUAAGAGAGAUUCUGCACAAGCGCUCGGACCUGCACCUCGUACUAAUGAGCGCUACCGUGGAUGCUGAAAAGUUCUCUAGAUAUUUCACACACUGUCCCAUCAUAAGGAUCUCUGGAAGAACCUACCCUGUUGAGGUUUUUCACUUGGAGGAUAUCGUUGAAGAGACUGGUUUUGUUCUGGAGCAAGAUUCUGAGUAUUGUCAGAGGUUCUUAGAAGACGAUGAAGAAAUUACUCUCAGUAUAACUGGCAAAGGAGGUAGCAGCAAAAAAUACCAGGAGUUCAUCCCUGGUCAGUUGAGUACUGAGUUGGAUCCAAGCCCUCACUACCAGAAGUUCAGCAAUAGGACACGCCACGCUGUUCUCUACAUGAACCCAAACAAAAUCAAUCUGGACCUAAUCCUCCAACUGCUGGUAUUCUUAGACAAAAGUGCACAGUAUAGGAAUGUGGAGGGAGCAGUGCUCAUCUUUCUGCCAGGACUGGCUGACAUCCAGCAGCUGUAUGAUCUGCUGUCUUCUGAUAAGAAGUUUCAGGACAGGAGAAGAUACAAAGUGAUAGCAUUGCAUUCAAUCCUUUCCAGUCAGGAUCAGGCUGAAGCUUUUAUACUACCCCCACCAGGAACCAGGAAGAUUGUAUUGGCAACAAAUAUUGCAGAAACAGGAAUUACCAUCCCCGAUGUGGUGUUUGUCAUUGAUGCUGGACGCACAAAGGAAAAUAGGUAUCAUGAAAGCAGUCAGAUGAGCUCCCUGGUCGAGACUUUUAUUAGCAAAGCUAGUGCCUUGCAACGCCAAGGAAGAGCUGGUCGUGUUCGGCCUGGAUUCUGCUUCCGACUUUAUACAGAGGAAAGAUUUGGGAGUUUUUUGGCUUACUCUGUUCCUGAAAUUCUGAGAGUGCCUUUGGAAGAGCUGUGUCUUCACAUCAUGAAAUGUGAUCUUGGAUCUCCUGAGGACUUUUUGUCAAAGGCAUUAGAUCCUCCUCAGCUUCAGGUCAUCAGUAAUGCAAUGAACCUUCUGCGGAAGAUAGGAGCUUGCGAGUUGACUCUGCCCAAACUGACACCUUUGGGUCAGCAUCUUGCUGCAUUGCCAGUCAAUGUGAAGAUUGGCAAAAUGCUCAUCUUUGGAGCGAUAUUUGGCUGUCUUGACACUGUAGCAAUUCUAGCAGCCACAAUGACGGAGAAAUCCCCAUUUAUAACACCAAUCGGCAGAAAAGAUGAGGCGGAUCUGGCAAAGUCAGCCUUAGCCAUAGCAAACUCUGAUCACCUUACCAUCUUCAGAGCAUAUAUGGGGUGGAAGUUAAGUCGAGGAGAAGGAUACAAUUCUGAAAUGAGUUACUGUCGGAAAAACUUUUUAAAUAGAAAAGCACUUUUAACAAUUGAGGAUGUGAAGCAAGAAUUAAUAAGACUAGUGAGUGCUGCAGGAUUUCAAUGUCCAUUUCCUGUUGGUCCAAAAGAGCAUUAUGGUCAUGGAGACAAAAGAAUCUUCUCACCCCAAGAGACAUCUCUUCUUAAGGCUGUCCUGGCAGCUGGUCUCUAUGAUAAUGUAGGCAAGAUCUUGUUCACAAAGUCUGUUGAUAUCACUGAGAAGUUGGCCUGUAUGGUGGAAACUGCUCAAGGGAAGGCACAAGUCCACCCAUCUUCUGUAAACCGAGAUCUCCAAGUCUACGGUUGGCUUCUUUAUCAGGAGAAGGUUAAGUAUUCCAAGAUUUUCUUGCGGGAAACCACAUUGAUUUCACCAUUUCCUAUUCUCCUGUUUGGAGGCAACAUAGAGGUACAACAUCGGGAGCGACUUUUAACUGUGGAUGACUGGAUUCAUUUUCAGGCUCCAGUAAAGAUUGCUGUCAUUUUUAAAGAAUUGCGUGUCUUAAUUGAAUCCGUUUUAAAGAAGAAACUUGAAAACCCCAAAAUGUCCCUGGAAGAUGAUAAGAUUUUGAGCAUCAUCAAAGAACUAAUAAGAAAUGAGCAGUAAGAACGUUGCAGGACUCCAAUCCCAAGGAUUGCUCUACUAUGAAACCAGAAUGAAGGCUGUGUCAAGAGAAUUUAAAUACUGUGGUAUUUCAGCUCUGCAAUGUCGAUAAUCCAUAUGGUUAACCUUUUUAGUGUUGCAUGCAGCAUUGAAGAGGUUCAUUUUUUUUAUAAAAAAAAAAAAUGCAAGAAC